AUGGGUGAACAACCUGCCCUUGGUAGCAAAGUAGUAUGCCAGGUAGAGUCGGGCGUACAAGAUCCGAACUACUACUUUGCAGCAUACCGUUGCCUGUCAGAAGCAGAAGCAAAAGCCCGUGAGCUGGCCUUGGUCAAUGGGCCAUGUGCCUUUACUAUUGGCCAGGGUGCCUAUGGCCGGUCUCAAUUCGACUCUAUUUUAUUUCCAAGCUUUCGUUUCUUGCCUACCAUUGGCUACCAUCAACACUUGGAUUGUAUUGGCCGAAUUUUAUAA